AUGUGGCUCUUCCGAGGGGCACAGUCCGCGGUCUUCUACUAUGCGACAUGUACGCCGUGUGCGAUGAGUAUUGACCGGCGAAAACGGAAGAAGGAUGCCGUUCGAAGUCAACGCCUGAAUGAAAAAGCCGCCGCCGCCGAACUUGUCACCGACCAACCCCGACCAUUUCCCCAGCCAACUGCCUUCAGUACAAAUGAAGGAUGGGCCGAGGAGAUCGCAUUGGGGCCAGGGCCUCCCACUCGCCGUGGUGGCAAUCGGAACCAUACUCGCACCGACAGUUGGAACACAGAUCAUAGCUCCCCGUCCAAGAAGGACAAGGCUUCCGCGCUCAUGCAGCCACUGAACGACCGAUGGAAAUCUAUGCGGUAUCAGCGAGAAGACGAACCACUCUGGGGUCAGGAAGUCCGAGGCUCUUCCAUCGGGUUCUCCGGUCGUGGUCGCACCGAUCAACCGGAGCCGCCUAAAUACUACGCCGCUCAGGUUCCCCCCGUCAAUGAUCUCCACCCACCUAUCGUGAGUGGGCCCCGCAGUCGUGCCGAGACGAGAUGGAUGCUCCAGCCGCCUCCGAGUGCCAAGGUCAUGGCCGGAAAGGUCCGAAUCAAUGCCUCUUCACCUCAGACAGCCCACGGUGGUUUCAACGAAUUCCCAUCGCGCCCGAUCCGAGGUGGAGUGAUUGAGGAAGAAGAGGCCGAACACGUCCCCAAGGAUGUCGAAGACGGUCCUCUUGAAACGGCUGAAGGAGAGCAACGCUUGCCUCGCCGACCGUCCGCGUCACACGUGCGGCCAAGCUUCGAUAGUGAUUUCCCCCCCGACUGUCAUCGCCCGCGGGACUCUCCAACCGACUCCAUGUUUUCCAUGCCCGAUGAUGGAUCUUUCAGUGCUUCCUGGAAAUACCCAGACACCCCCACGACUCGACCUACCUCCGAGUCCAUGGAAGGUAGCCCCAAGGCUCCUCGUCCACACAUCUCAAAGACCCUCUCCACCAUGCCUCGUGUCGAUGGGAACAAAGCAAAGGUUCACCUUCUUCAACUGGAGAUCACUGAUGACCGAGACGAAUUUGGCGUUGGUCAGCUAGAACGCAUACGUCCUUGGCGAUGGAGCAUGGACAUAUGA